AUGAACCAGAAGGAUCAGGCAUCCGAGACGACGAAGACGAACGCCGAGAAACCGCCACCGGUCUUCUCCGAGGUGCAGAAAUGGUUCCAAUCGAGCGAGUCGAAACGUGACGGAAAGAUAUCGCCGAAGGAGCUGCAGACCGCUUUCGAGGUGUUCCAGGGAAAGCACUUCUCAGACGGCGCCUGCAAAUUCAUCGUGCGCCUCUUCGAUCUCGACAAACGCGGCGGUCUUGACAUCAAGGAGUUCGAGCAGCUGUACUACUUCAUCAAGCAGUGGGUCAGCGCGUUCCACAGCUUCGAUUACCAGAGAUCCGGAUUUUUAGAUGAAGAGGAAUUCGCCGGAGCCCUCAAACAUAUGGACAUCAACUUCAGUCCGGAUUUCGUACGGUUCCUGAUGAAGAGAGCGGAUCCGACCAAGGACAAAAUCGCUUUGGACCAAUUCAUCGUCACCUGCAUUCAAAUCCAGAAGUACACUGAAGAAUUCAAGCAGCGCGACGCCAAUUACACGGGCGAGAUUCAGCUGAAGUACGAGGACUUUCUGGAGAUGCUGCUGAAAUGCAUGUAG